AACACAAUGGAAUCAUGUAUUUAUUUUUUGGGAUCCGGUGAACGGUGUGAAAGCUCUUGUCAACAAUGUGAUUGAGAUUUCUGGCACUUCAAGACUCCGUAGUAGUCCCCCAAGACUUGGUUUCACUUACCUCAAAGUUGGGCAAAAAGUAGGAUCAGCGCCGACUCGUUGUGCCCGCAUGGGAAUUCGGGAUAUUGCACUGUGGGAACGCAGAAUCAGUCUGAUUGAAGCGCGUGAAUAUUAUCAUUGUAACAAUUUUGAAGUACCUCGGGAGUUUGUAACCAAUCAUCGUGUUCCAUUGACUCUUGCUG